GGGGAGGGAGCUCACAGCACUGAUCUUCUGUUUGCAGCAUCCCAAGAGCAGCCUCUGUUGUGUGAAAUACAAGAAAAAGGGCAAGACAGCGGGAGUGAAUCCAAGGAAGCAACUCGAAGAACUGGAAGGGUGGAAUCUCUUGGGGGUUGGCAGCCAGGAUAGGGUUACUUUUGAUUUGUGGAGUUCAUCCUUAGAGCAAAUGGCUGUUGUGUCAGUGUAAACAGCCUGUGCAGUACCUGCAUUGCUGAAGGGGGUAGGAGAAGAGGAGGAGGCAAAUGGAGCAAAUGUUACCUCUUCCUAUGAAUGUUUCCUGCUGUUAGAUAGCCCCAGACCUGCUGUUGCUCACCUCUUAACAUGCAUGUUGUAUGUUGAGCUCAUAUGGAGGAAGAACCAUCAAUGCCUCAGCAGACCAUAAACCAUCGGCAGGGCGGAUGUAUUGACCCUGCAACAACCGCCACGGACCCGUUGCUCUCAACGAGCCUCGGACCUAGAGAAAACAUCACCUCAAGAACAUUUAUGACUGUUACCCUAACAACGACAGCAGCAACAACAAACGAGACCAGCUUCAACGCCACCGUGGCUCCAGACGUGGUGAUUGAGGGCUCGAGUGUUGGAAUGCUGUUGGUGCCCUUUGGCAUCAUCACCCUCAUUGGCUUAGCGGUGGCAAUAAUGCUGUACAUUCGGAAACGGAAGCGGUUAGAGAAGCUGAGACAUCAGCUCAUGCCCAUGUACAACUUUGACCCGGCUGAAGAACAGGACGACCUGCUGGAACAGGAACUACUGGAUCACGGACGGGACGGCAGCCUCGCAGGUCCAAACGCCAAGACUCUCACAACCUCCCAGGGGACAACGCAGCGACCCAGUCGUCUGGUCUUCACAGAUGUUGCCAAAGCCCUCAAUGCUUAACAGCCCCUCUGCCCUGCCUGGUCAACCCCAGCCUGCAGGAGAGCUGCAGACCACAUACCCAGACACAGACUGUCACUAACAAGGGAAAAACAAAGGGAAGUUAGACUGUUUUAGGCUUGAACUGGAGGUCUGAUAAAUGUUGUCUUCACAACGUGUCAAAUGCUUGUAUCAAAGAAAAAACUCAUUGAGAACAAUGCAAAGGGUUAGUAAUGAUCUUGCACUAUUAUUAUUAUUCACUGGGGCACCAAUUAAGUGUGGCACCCUUGUUUUUUAAAAACUAUGCUCCGUCAUUGUUAAAAUAUUUAAUAGCUCGUCAGUUUCUGCAUCUAUGUUUCUGUUUCAUAUGAGGAAAUUGUGAAUCUGUUAUAGUGAUUUUGUGGUCUUACACCUCGUAUGCUGGAUGUGUCGCCAUCCUCAACCUGUUUUCCUCCCUAUUUGUCUUCGUUACAGACUGUGGAUUAAUAUCAUUUCCAUCUGUACACAUUAAAAAUAUAUUUUAAAAAAACCAGAGGAAAAGAGACAGCACAAUCCAUGGCAACAAAUGAAGAGUGUGAUAUUUUUUAUUGAUAAGCGAUAUAGAAGCAAGGUAACACAAAUCACAACGUAAAGAAUUGUAACGAAAUAUAUAUCACAGGUUUGUGAGUUGUAUUAAAGAAGUGGAUGAGGACAUAUCAGUAACAUAGCUAUUACAUUGUGUUAAAAGUAAGGCAUUAAAGAUGAUUUCUCAAGUUACAGUUCAACUUUUCAAUAGUUGAAACUAGAUCAAGUACUGUAUGUAACUAUAUCACUAGCAGUAAGAUCACAAAACAACAUUGUCCCCUUACAGAAAGAGUAAAUAUCCAAACACAGCUCGUGUAAAAUAACACACUGACUUAGCUGGAGUUAAAUUAAGAGGCACCUUUCAGGCUGACUCUCAUUCACUUCUGGUCAUAUCAAUAUAGUGAGAUGAGAUGUGUGUGUGUGGACUACUGCAUUAUUAUUUAAAAGUUAUUUCAAGAUUUUAUGAUCCACUCUGCCUGCAGGUCUGAUGGACACUUGUGGCCUUAAAAGGCCACAAAUGGCCCAGGCUUGGUUCUCUUCAGAGGUAGUCCAGGAGGGCUAAAUAAGUAAAGUCAAUGCAACAUUGAAUAAAUCGGUAAUAUGGCAGCAGCUUAGGCAACAGUGCUGAAAUACAUAAAUGAUAUAUCAGUAAAAACAGAAGAAAAGGUGUUUGAAUAUAAAGUAAAUGGGUGAUUUUCAAGUAAUGAGCAAUGCAAGAGUGACAUGUUUGAUGCAUUUUUUAGAGAUUUUAGAAAAAAUAAUCUGUAAAAAUUCUCGUUUUAUGAGAAAUACUUCCAACAUGUCAGCAUAAGAACAGAAAUCCCUGCAAGAAAACGUGUUCAGAUAUUUUAGAUUAACUACUUUUUGGAGGUUUGUUAUCUGCUGUUGAUGCAAUUCUAAGGAAGGGUUCUGUGGAUUACUUAUCAGCAAUCAGUAUUUUAUCUUUAGGAGAGAGCUGUCUGAAGAUUUCCGAUGUCAGACAACUGCUAACUAAAAACUCAGACACUUUUUAUUAGAUGGGAGGUUGCAAACACUAGUAGCUCAGAGUUUCUUGAAGAUAACUUUACAAAGAGUGUUAAUUUAAUCAGUAAUAGUGACUACACUUUAGAAAUUAUUUGGUUCAAAUUAUGCUUUUACUAGAACUAAAUUAGCAAAAGGGCUACAUUUUGCAAAUGGGUUCCUGCUCCAACCCACCUGAUGACAGUUCAUUAUUUCCUCAGUCUGUCAUCAAACCCUUCAAAGUAAAAGCAUGGUCCAUUCAUUUAAAUCAAGUGUGUUCAACCAGGAGGACAUCUCAAGGAGGUAGAAAAGCAGCAGCUCUGAAGGACUGGUUACAACAUUUUCUUACACAUUUUGCUUUGGGUAUUGACUCUGACUUGCUGACCUAUUUUAAUACAUUUCACAUGAAUUCAGAAAAACAGGCAAGUAACUAAAUUCACAAGUUCUUAGCUCUACUCUCUAAUCUCUUCUUUUACAAACUCAAGUAGUUCAGACAGUUUGCAACAGGUACGACUCUGACUGGUAAUAUAUACCAAUAGAAUCCCCCUUAAAAUAUCAGAGCCUUCUCUUUACAGUAUGUUUAGGAUGAUCUGGUGAUAAUUAACAGUGGUAGUAAUGUGCAUCUAUAGUGACCACUUGGUAUUUGGAGGCACACAUAGCUGAAGGAGCAUUUAGUCUGCCAUGGAGGGCAACAAAGAGACUUGACGACUGGAUCAGCAUGUGAGUGUUUCUGCUCAAACUUAGAGCUGAUCAACAUGUAGCCUUAAACCAGACGAGGCUGGUAAUGAAACUGUCUCUGUGAACACAAAGCCUCUGUAAUUAAACGCUAUACCUUGCUGAUGUAUUAUAAAAACCAUAUCAAAUACUUAAAUAAAGUGACAUUAUCAAUGA